AUGUCACUGGGCGAUUACAGAGCCAAGAUUCCACACCACUUCAAAUCAAAUACCAACAAUGCUCCGAGUUCGGGAAGUGGCCGUACUGAGAACAACCAGACAACGGGCCAUGGAGCGCAGCCUACAGAGCAAGCUCAGGCAACGACGAAAGGCCCAUCCAAAGGAUUCGUCGACAUUGUCGAGUAUCACACCGCAGGACUGGGCGGUCGAGUGGUCAAUUUGUACCCGACUUCAAGGUUUAUACCACGCCAGAGCUUGAAAAAGAAGACAAACUACCAGGUCGAAGACCACGCCGUUAUCCUGCGUCGCACAUGGGUGGAGAGAAAUGGUGUCUCAGUCCCUGUAUCCUUUGAUCUGGAGAUUCACUCCGAGCCACUUUGCGUCGCUUUCCGGAAAAUCGCCACACGGACUUACGAGAGCGCGGACCUCAAGGCGUUCCCCAUCAAGAUCAGCACCCCGUUUAUGGAGUUGUUCUUCUACCGUGAUGAGAUCCGGAAGCUCUCUGAGGAUAAGAAUAUCGAUGAAGAUCUUCGGCGUGAUGCCAAGGCCCUCGAUCAGUUUGUACGUGACCCGGAAUCUGUCAUGGCCAGCAUCCUUCAAGACCAUGACCGAUAUUCGCCAAAGAAGCAGGUUGUUAACGACAUAAUUUGGACAAUCUAUCGGCCAAACAGCCUGCUUGUCUUCAACAAAGGCUCGAUCCAAGAAUGCUGGAUUUGUCGCAAUGUCGCCGAGAAGAUCAUAGAAAGAAUGACCUUCUGGGAGAUCACUGGACUACGAAUCGACUCUAAUGGCAGUUCUCCAGGUCUUUCCAAGCAGCGGCUUUACAUUCCACUGACUGGAAUGCACCCUAUGAAGAUCUCGGGACUAUCACUGAUGCCCGCUGAGAGCUAUCCACAAUGGGACUCUCUCAAAAGCACAUUGCAAGCGAGGUCACAGAAACUUCAGAGGAUUCUGGGUUCCAAUUUUUCCUCUUUUAUGUGUCAGAGCUACAAUGGGGCUGCGUGGAAGAUGCGUCAAGACAAGUUCGUGGACAUAGAAGGGUGCAACCCUACGAUGCAUGACAAACAGAUCGACGAGCGUGUCAUGGUGGACUUUAAGGCCUAUGGAGAUGAGAAUACCUUGUCCCCUCUGGAAGAUCUGGAACGUAACACCGAAAAGCCCAAAAAAGGAAGAGGUGCAAGAGCCACAGGAAGGGGUUGGAUACCCGCCAAGAGGAACCUAACACCCAAAACCAAACGGCGUGGCAACAAUGACAGCUCUAGUUCGGAUUCAGACUCCGAUGCCGACAGAAGGCUGGAAUAUUCCCGGGAUAUCAUGGCACUGACGGGAUUGCGGACUUCGAAGCCACAUACUACCGAAACCACACAGAAAGAAACAGACAUCGAGCCUGAUCUGGAGACAUUCGAAGGGAUUGCAGAAGCUGUUUGGAGAAUCUUCCAGGUUUCAACGGAUGAACUUAUGCUCACAUUCCCGGCUCUGGUUCCUGCAUUCGGUCUCAAAUGUAAAAAAUGGUGGUGGGUUCUCAGCGAUCAAGUGCAAAAUGUGGUAUGGAAUAUGGCAGCGUUUGGAUCCCUUCAGCAGGACAAGGUGACAAAGGAACUGGUGCAAGCAUUGGUCAAAGGACACAAAAGCAACAAUCACGUCAUCUUUGACGAUGUGAUCGCUGGAAAAGGACAGGGGCUGGUAUUCCUUCUUCACGGAAAGCCCGGCCUGGGGAAAACUCUCACUGCUGAGAGUGUAGCAGACUAUCUUGAGCGGCCUUUGUAUGCCAUUUCAGGGGGUGAAUUGGGCACCGAAGUCAGCGCUGUCGAGGAGCAGCUCGAAAGGAUUUUCAAUUUGGCCAAGCGAUGGAAUGCUGUCACGCUUCUUGACGAAGCCGAUGUCCUCCUAUGCAAGAGAAGUUCCGCGGAAAUGGAUCGCAAUGCUAUCGUCGCCGUAUUUCUCAGGAUGCUUGAAUACUUCCAGGGCGUGCUAUUCCUCACAACCAACAGGAAGCAGGACUUCGAUGAUGCGUUUAAGUCUCGCAUUCACGUCACUAUCUCGUAUCCCAAGCUGAGUCCGGACGCAAAGAGCCGCAUCUGGGAGAGCUUGAUCAAUACAAACAAGUCUGUCGAGGUUGACGAGUCGUGGACAAAAGACAUCUACAAUGCGCUGGGCCAACUGAAUUUGAACGGACGUACGAUCAAAAACAUUCUGAGGACUGCGGUUGCCUACGCGAACUCUGAGGGGAAGAAGCUGGGCGCUCGACAUGUUUUGGCUAUUCUGCGGACAGAGCUGCGAAAUGGCGAUGAAGAUUCGAAAGACGAUGAAGACGAGCUGAGUGACGAAGUGAGUCCUGUCUUGAGGGAGUUACACACUAUUCUGGGAGUUCCUUUUCGAUUUGAUUGA